AUGGAGUCUCGCCAGUGCUGCUGCCACAUUUUCACCAGGAUGCUGUGUCUAGGAGCUAAUGAAGACCAGGAACAACAGCAUGGUGAGAUUGCAAUGGUCCUGAAGGCUGGAGAGGAAGAAGGCAAGAAAGGGCUUGUACAGAGCGAGCUUGCUCAGGGUGAGCUUGGUCAGGGCGAACUUGCUCUGGGCGAACUUGCCCCAAGCAAGCCUGCUCAAGAAGAACUUGCUCAAUCCGGUCUUACUCAGGAAGCCACAGGAGUGGUAGAGGAGGGAGAAAACGAAGAAGAAGAAAUGGAAGGAGGUCAUGCUGGAGAUGGUAGUUCUGGCCCCAUGGACAAGGGGAUCCAGGCAGAAGGUGGUCAUGGCAGCAGUAUUGAACAGCAGCCUCAGCAAGAGGCCGCAAUGCCUGAGGGCACCAACAGUCUCCAGGCUGGUGACAACCUGUCUUUCCAGAGCCAAACCAGAUUCACUGAGUCUCAGCUGCAGGACCUGGAGCGUCUUUUCGAAGAGAAUCGCUUUCCCAGCUUUCAAGUAAGGAAGGCUCUUGCAAGAUCUAUGGAUGUGCAGGAAGAAGAUGUGCAGGUGCUGAGACACCGAUGCUCUCCCCAUAUGAAGAGGGAAGAAAUGAGGAAGAGGGUGGAAGGGACCACCCUGCGUCGGGACCUCAACAGCAGAAUGGAGAGGAGUAGAACAGAAAAACAGGGAAGACUGGAGAAGGUCCUGCUGUUGCUGUACCUUCACGCCUCAUGGAUGACCGUGAGCGUGCCAGUCCCAAUAGCCAGGAGAAUGAGCGUCCACCUCAGAAGCCAGUUCCUGAGAGCAUAG